AUGCGGGAUAUUGCGUCAUAUCUGAGCGUAGUCGAGAGAGGUUAGCACAAUAGUUGCGCGUACAAAUUCUCCAUUUGUAAAUUACGGGUGUUUAAGUAAACAUAAACACAGAAACUGACCCGGUGUUAACGCUGCAGUGCUAUGGCAAACCGCAACCUGAAAGAGGUAACGAUUGAAAAUGCCGCAUCACCGAAACCUCAGGACGAGUCUCCAUCAUCACCUUCAUCCCCAUCAUCACCUUCAUCAUCACCAGCGGCGCAAGAGAUGACUCUAGACCUCAAGAACUUCAGGAGACCCGGGGAGAAAACAUUCACUCAACGGUGCAGACUGUUUGUCGGAAAUCUCCCGACGGAUUUAACGGAGGAAGAUUUCAAGAAGCUGUUUUCCAAGUAUGGCGAAUCCAACGAGGUGUUCAUCAACCGAGACCGAGGAUUCGGCUUUAUCCGCCUGGAGACAAGGACUCUCGCAGAGAUUGCGAAGGCUGAGUUGGAUGGUCUGGUGCUAAAGAACAGGCCCAUCCGGAUCCGAUUUGCCACACAUGGGGCUGCACUCACAGUACGAAACCUCGCUCCAGUGGUAUCCAAUGAGCUUCUGGAACAGGCCUUCUCACAGUUUGGCCCAGUUGAGCGGGCAAUUGUGGUGGUUGAUGACCGUGGCCGACCGACAGGCAAGGGGAUUGUGGAAUUUGCCAAUAAGCCAGCUGCCCGGAAAGCUUUGGAUGGCUGUACAGAUGGAGCCCUUCUGCUUACAACGUCCCCUCGUCCAGUCAUUCUUGAGCCAACAGAACAGUUUGAUGAUGAAGAUGGACUCACAGAAAAGCUGUUGCAAAAAUCAGCACAAUAUCACAAGGAAAGGGAGCACCCACCACACUUUGCACAGCCAGGCACCAUUGAGUUUGAGUUUUCCUCUCGCUGGAAAGCUUUGGAUGAGAUGGAGAAACAGCAGAGGGAACAGGUGGACCGAAACAUACAAGAGGCCAAGGAGAAAUUGGAGGCUGAAAUGGAGGCCGCCAAACAUGAGCAUCAGCUCAUGAUGAUGAGACAAGAUCUCAUGAGACGGCAAGAGGAGCUGCGGCGCUUGGAGGAGCUCAGGAAUCAGGAGCUGCAGAAACGCAAGCAGAUUGAGAUGAGACAUGAAGAAGAGAGACGCAGACGUGCGGAAGAGAUGAUACGGCAUAGAGAGCAGGAUGACAUGAGACGGCAACCAGAUGGAUUCAAGUCCAGCUUCUUAGACAGUAUUGAGCGGUUUUCCCAAGGAGGAUCUCCUCUGAUGGGAUCGUCUGCGGGUGGGCGGCCUGGUGUUGAUUCUCCUCAGCAACAGCAACAACAACAACAACAACAACAACAACAGCAGCAGCAGCAGACAGCAGUUCCUGGCGUGGUUGUGCCAGCUGGCUUUGGGAGAGGAAGUCCAGUUGGGGGCAACUUUGAUGGACCUGGCAGCAAACGACAAAGAUACUAAUAUUUCUUUGUUAAUUGUGCUUCCUCGUGUUCAGAUAGGAUAGGCUCAACUCAUGCUUACUGUAUCAAACCAUACUUUUCUGUUCCUCACUUAUUGCUCUUUCUGAAGCCCGCAUGAGCCGAGCGUUAAUGUGAAACACUCCUAAAAUCAUGAAAUGGAGACAGCCAUUUUUAGAUCGUUUACAAUUGAUGUAGUGAUGUAUAUUCCUUUUUAUAUACUAAUAUCGGAAAAUAUAGAUUUGAAUCCUGUUUACCUGUAAAUGAGUGAUAGUGUAAAACUUGCAUGUGUUAGAAUUGUUAAUCUUUAUUUUAGUGAAUGUUUUGGAAUAAUUCAUCUGCUGUCCGUUGUGGAACGCCAGUGCUUUGAAUACCUAUCUAUAAAUAUAUGAUAUAUAUAUAUAUUUAUGGAAUACAUACAGUAAGUCCUGAAGAAUGGUGUGAGAACAGCUGCAGUCAGCGCAUGGAUGAAUCAUUAGCAGGUGCUAUAAUCAGGUUAUAUAUAUAUAUAUAAAAUGCAUACACACUGAUGUUAUGAGCCAGCAUCAUUAACCGAAUAUUCAAACAAUUGCAACUUCCAAAAAUGUCAAGAGUCAUAGUCUAUAUGCCAAUAGCCCAUAUUUCUAUUUUUAAACACUGUAAAAAAAAAAUUUGACACGUUUUACAAAAAAAACAGGCAACUAUUUCCAUCAGCUUUUUGAGUAUUUUUAACUCAACUAAAUUUAGUUUGACAUAUUAGACUUGAAAUGUUUUCAAAAUGGGUCCGUAAUAAAGUUAAAAAGGUAAUAUUUAUCUUGUAGGGAAUCAUCAGGUCAAGCAAUAUUUUAAUAUACAAAGUUAAAGUGUCAAUAAGUGUCUCAAAACAAAUUCAAAAUAUUUGUUCAUUUUUCAAUGUUACAUAUUUAUUUACAUUUGAACUGUAAUAAAUGUGUAAAUGUUUCUAACAGGCUGUUUAAAAUAAAUAAUAAAUAGUAAACACACUUGCAUGGACCAAAAGACACAAAUGUGGGUGCAGGGAAACCGGUUUGGUAUCUGAAUACAUCAUAUAUUUUUAUAUAUGCAAUAAAACCUGAAAGUAAAUGUAUCUCUCCAUCAGAAAUAUCAUCAAUGACCCUCAGUGACAAUCCCAACUCUUAUAAUCAGAGACUGUAAGUCAUUGCAGCAUGUUGUUGAUGGUAAUUAACAUUUAAGAUGUUGAACGCUGAAGGUCCUGUCAAUGUGUUGAAACUCUGUGAAUGGAAGCAGAUGCUGGAAAGCAUCAGUGUGUAUGAAAAUGAAAAUGGCAGCUUUUGCCCAUCCAGACACCUGGAGAAACAGAAAUGACUGUGGACACAAUUUAAAAUGUUAAAGCACACGUUUAGGAGCUGUAAAAUCAUUAUACUCAUGACUUACUGCUGCUUCUAAAGUAUUCAGUAUUUUCAGCAUCACUUUACAAUGCGAUUGUAUUCAUUAACAACAUUAAACUAUAACGGAGAAGAAAAUGUUGGAUUAAUGUUAAUGCAAGUUGUCAUUGUUAUCUCACACAAUCGAAUGAUAAUGUCAUUUACACAGCAGGUGCACAUGAGUUGAUCCGUGUUCUCACAUGUGUCAGGAAUGCAUUUAAUAACGUUACAAUUGGUUAUGUUGUAUUUUAUAUUGUAGAGUUACUGUAUUUCCUCCAUGAACAUUAUUUUCAGGAUAUGGUAUUGAGUGUGAACAGAGUCUGUGUAAACCCUUAAAUUACAGGCUGCACAUCCAUGAGGGCUUCUCUGGAUCAUUUACUGUAUGUUUCAUGAAUAUUUUCAUUAAAUAUUAUAUGAAAAUCAUUUUAAGAUGAAUUCAUAUAGAUUUGAGCUUUUAUAACUGUUUUAUGACUUUAAUAAACUGUGACAUGUGGGCAACACGUGUGUUCUGUUAAAACAGGGCAGUCACGUCUGUUACUACAUUCAUUAAUGGACAGAGGGAACAAGUUAACAUUAAGUACUUAAAACAGAUUUAUUAAAUGUGAAUUAAUUUACAUGUAUAUCAUUGUGUCUUAUGUUAUAUUCUUCUGGCAAUAAAACUAAAAUAUUUAACAGAAUUCUUCAUGGCAGCAGAAUAAUUAUCAAUUGAAACAUUGUAAAAUAUCUUAAUAAGGUUUGCAAUUUCCCAUUACAUGAAUUAGGCUGGAAGUUAGUAUGUGAAUUAUAUUUGUCUCGAUACACGCUUUGAUGUUUUAGGCUUCAUGUGUGCAGUUCUAAACUAGGUUACGUGCUGUUAUUCAUAAUAUGUUUUGUAUAUUAUUACAGGUUCAAGCAUGAAGUGCUGAAACACUGAUGCUCUUAUUAGGAUUAUUAAAGGGACGGUUCACCCAAAAAUGUCAAUUCUGUCAUCAUUUACUCACCCUCAUGCUGUUCCAGAUGUGUGACUUUCUUUCUUCUGCAGAACACAAAUGAAGGUAUUUAGAAGACUGUUGAAGCUCUGUAGGUCCUUAUAAUGUAAGUAAACGUGGCUGCUGCUGUUUGACGGUCCAAAAGUCAUAUUUAGGAAGCAUGAAAGUAACCCACACGACUCCAGUCGAUCAAUUAAUGUCCAGGGCCCAGAUGCUGUUUGAAAUGGCUGAACUCUCACGUGACGUUCAUCUCGCUGUUGUAAAUAAGCGCCGCUUACAUCGCGCAACAGACACGUGAUGCACCAACUGCCGGUAGGAAGCACUUUUUAAAUGUUAAUGCUUAAAUUAUCUAUUUAAUUUCUUACACAAACCUAUCGAUUUGCCUCAGAAGACUUUAAUUGAUCGACUGAAGUCGUGUGGAUUACUUUCAUGCUCAUAAAGAAGGAAUAAAGUCACA